AUGUCAAAACAUCUGAGCUGUAUUUUUUCUCUUAUAUUAAUUUUAUCUCUAUUUUCUAUAAGUUUUAGUUUAAAAUCAAGGGUAAAACGGCAAUCAUUGGCCUAUAGAUUUGCCGACGGCAUCGAUCUGGUUGUUCCUGAUAUUAGAGAGUCAUUCAGUUGUGAAAAUCGUGAUUACGGUUAUUACGCCGAUUCGGACAACAAUUGUCAGAUAUUUCAUGUAUGUGUUCCUCCGGCACAACAGUUCAGCUUUUUCUGUCCAAAUCAGACCAUAUUUGACCAGAGAUUGUUGGUCUGUCAGGACGAGACAUUUGCCACUCCGUGUCGAGAAGCCGAACGAUUUUAUGUAAUAAAUCAGAAUUUUGGUGAAACUGAUCCCGAAAAGUUGGUUACAUUUAAGUAA